AGAUUUGGACGUGAAUGGUGAAGUUGUGGUCAGGUAGAGGUUAACUGGUUAGAGCGCUCUGGUGGUUGGGCAGGCGCGGAGCUGCUGCGCUCUGACGCGGUGAUGGAGAGCUCAGAGAUGCGCUGCUGCUCAAACAGGAUCCCGCGGCCGCGGCCGACCUUUCCCUCCUGCUUUCUUCGCUCUUCUGCGCCGAGACUUUAAAUCACGGACAGACAGACACGCAGGGUCAUCCCCCGAGGGUGUUGAUCUGGGUCAGAUCACUUAUCGCUGAUCUCUCCACGCCGCCUUUCCCAGCCUCGUUUCACUUCUGCUGCCUGUAAGUGACUGCGACUGGAGACUUUAAAAUGGCAUUAUGUAUAAAUAAAACAUUUUUAUAUUUUCUGAAGAAUAUCUUGAGUCACUUUUAUGCAUUUAGCAGAUGCUUUUAUCCAAAGCAACUUACAUUGCAUUCAUGGUACACAUUAAGGUCUUUUCGCACCACUGAGGAACUCAGUUAUAGGAACUAGCCACCAGGGCGGUCCCCCGAGAGCUAAAUUUUCCUCUAGAGCGAUUUUCCUUGUUGCAUUUGCACCGGCAGUAGAAACUCUGAUGUGACGUAAGACGUCAGACAGUGAUGUUAUUUAACCGUGACAUUUCUACAUCAUCAGUUCCGUGUGUCCACCAAAGCGUUUUUUCCCAAGGCUAGCGCAUUUUCCCAAUUGUUUUCAAUGGGAGCGCCACAUUCUUAAAACACCAGUCAAGUCAAGUCAAGUCACCUUUAUUUAUAUAGCGCUUUUUACAAUGUAGAUUGUGUCAAAGCAGCUUUACAUUGAUAACUGGUACAUUAUUUGGCUGCACAGCAGCUCUUAAAAGAAUAGUGUCAGUGCAGGUAGAUCAAAGCACUGUUGAAUAUCAAAUGUCAAGUCAAAUGUCAAGUGUCCCCAACUAAGCAAGCCAAAGGUGACAGCGGCAAGGAACCCAAACUCCAUCAGGUGACAUCAGGUGGCAGACAAGUGGCAAAUAGGUGUUUAAAUGGAGAAAAAAACCUUGGGAGAAACCAGGCUUAGUCGGGGGGCCAGUUCUCCUCUGGCCAACAGUGCUUUGUUACGAUUCAGGUAGCUAUCAUAAGUCCGACAGGAUCGCAGCAUUCAAAGUAUUUAUUCCAGUUCCAUCCAAUUGAGGAUCGUAUUCAUCACGGCGGUAUGGACAGUUGUUGAGGAACUGUGUCGUGGCUGUCGUGUUGAUGAGGCCCUCACAGUGGAUGAUCUAGUUGACUCAAUCUCUGCUGAUACUUCAGGGCUGCGUUGUGGUCGUGUCAAGGCGCAGGUCCUUGGUCUCACCUGGAUAUGGCCCGGAUCCGGUUGACUACGGUGAACCUCGGGAUAACCAGAAAGACUAAUAUUAGCGUAGAUGCCAUUCUUCUUCUGAUGUAACGAGUACAUCAGGCAUUAUAGGAAGUGUUCCCGGUUCCGGCUGACCUAAUUUAUGCAGCCUAAUAAUCCUUUACCAGAUUUGAAAAUAUAUAUUGGUAAUGUGUUAUGUGUAUGCCAGGUUAAAGAAAUGCGUUUUUAGUCUAGAUUUAAACUGACAGAGUGUGUCUGCUUCCCGAACAAUGCUAGGAAGAUUGUUCCAGAGUUUAGGUGCCAAAUAGGAGAAGGAUCUACCACCUGCAGUUGAUUUUGAUAUUCUAGGUAUUAUCAGCUGGCCUGAAUUCUGAGAUCGACAUGAAGGACUAUAAUGAAUUAGGAGCUCGCUCAGGUACUGGGGAGCUAAACCAUUUAGUGCUUUGUAAGUAAUUAGCAAGAUUUUAAAAUCUAUACGAUGUUUAACAGGAAGCCAAUGCAGUGUUGACAGAACUGGGCUAAUAUGGUCAUACUUCCUAGUUCUAGUAAGAACUCUAGCUGCUGCAUUUUGUACGAGCUGUAGUUUAUUUAUCAGGCGAGCAGAACAACCACCCAGUAGAGCGUUACAGUAAUCUAGCCUUGAGGUCAUGAACGCAUGAACUAACUGUUCUAUAUUUUUUAUUGAGAGCAUAUGUCGUAGUUUAGAUAUAUUUUUAAGAUGGAAGAAUGCGGUUUUACAGAUGCUAGACCAGCAGUGUGAAGGUGCUGAGCGUCUAUUUCACGUUGAGUGCUCUGUGUUUUUUACUGGUCGCCGAGUGUUGAAGAAUGUUCAACUCUGAGCAAAACGCAGCGAUCAUCACUGUCAAUUUUUACCUAGCCAUCCAAUAACAGUGGAAGUGGGGCAGGACAAAUACCACACCAACCUACCGCUGCAUCCUGCUUGUACAACAGCAACAGACGACAACAAGAAGCAUAAUAAUGGAACAAAAUAAUUUAAAAUAAGAGCCAGAGCAAAUACUUUACAUCGUAUUGACAUUUUUAUAUAGAAACAAUUCAGAAACAAACUAUCUUUGAAAUGAGAUACUAGUAACACUUCUGCGGAUAUUCUGUAUCAUAGCAAUCAAAGCGUCCCAACUGAAAAAAACACUGCGCUGCUGACGCACUCUCAAGAGCCCAUAUCUAGGCGUUAUAAGCUGGCUAAAAAUGCUUUGGUUGAGAAGUGCCUGUACUUCGGCCUCGGUCUAUCUAUCGUUGUUUUCGUGUAGUUAGUUUGUGGAGUAAGUAUUUGUAAACUGUGUGUUUACACAGCUUUUUAAAAAUGUCAGUGUCAGUGUUUCGCAUGCGUUCGGCCAAUCAACAUACACUUAAGUCAUUGGUAGUUCCUAUUGUGCUGGGUUAGACCCUACUCUGAAGUAUAGGAGCUAAUUUAGUUCCCCCAACAGGUGUUCCUGUAACUAAAAUCGUUCCCAUUUCCUGUGAGAGCACUUCUGCCAAUAGUUAAAGAAACUAUGAAAAUGUUCCUCCGGUGCAAAAGCCCUUAUUUUUAUCAGUUCUUGCUUUUCAUGGGAAUCGAAACCAUAGCGUUGCUUGCUAGCUCCGUCAUUUCCCAGUCGAAAAAGAAACGGAAGAGUGGAACAGGGCGCCCAGGGAGCGAUUGGGGGUUAAGUGCCUUGCUCAAGGGCACCACAGUUUGGAUAAUGAGAGUGGAAGAGAGCACUGUUCAUUCACUUCCCCAACCUACAUUUCCUGCCGGUACUGAGACUCAAACCCACAACCUUCAGGUUACAAGUUCGACUCUCUAACCAUUAGGCCACAACUGCCCCCUUUAAAGGGCUAGUUCACCCAGAAAUGAAAAUUCUGUCAUCAUUUACUCACCUGAAAACCAUUGGGCUCCAAAACAACACUGGUCCCUUUGACUUUCAUUAUAUAUUCAAUACACUAAGACGUUUCUUCUUUUGUGUUCUGCAGAAGUCAUACAAUUUUGGAAUGACAUGAGGGGUAAGCAAAUGAUUCAGAUUUUUCAUUUUUGGGUGAACUAUACCUUUAAAGAGCAGUCUUUAUGAAGGUAUGAGUUCUUAAAUAUUGUCAGGACAUAUAUUGGCAUGAAAUCUCUAUUAAAUAUACAUUUUUCCCAUCGAUAUUUAGCAAAACAAGUAGAUGUGCCGAUACUGGCAGCUUUCUCUUUGGGUUGUAGUCGUUCCUUGUACCAACAUGAUAAAGUCGGCGAUAACCGAAAUGUGUGUUCUGCUCUUGACAGUAUUGAUAAGGGCUGUUGAAAGAAAAAAAGACAGAAAAAGUGUGAAUUUUAUGCAUAAGCCGAGCCAAAACGAUGUUCCACUUGGGAGUCCUGACCUCAUUUUUCUCAGUCUGGCUAUAUUUUGUCAAAUUGAGCUCAUGAACAGCUGCCAGACACGUCUCAUGUUUCUCAUCAUGUGUGAAGGCUUCUCCUCUUUCAAUGAACUAUAUCUCUAGCUACAAAAAACGUUCGGAAUCUCAGAAAGCUGUAAAUUAAUGUAAACAGCUUCAUUGGCAGCAGAGAUGGCACAUCUUGUUGUUUCUCAAGGAAAUUUAUGAGAUUUCCACCAAAAGGGGGAAAUUUAUGCCAUUUUAUUUUUGUAGAGUUUUGCCAGAAUCUACCGUAGGAGUCGAAGCUUUUGUCCCAUGACCUAAAAUAACUUUGAUGCUAAAUCUGAUUUAUGUCUUCUAUUUGUACUGGAAGUAUAUUAAUAUGUCAUAAAAAGGACAUAAAAAGUAACAGUUUUGAAGGAAGUCUUUGCAUCCACUUCUAUGGAAUAAGCGGAAACACAGCUUAUCCCUUGGAACACUGUUUAAUUUGUCUUUAAUAGACUCCAUACCGGUUGCUAACUUGCAAACGCACUCUCCAGUGCCCUUGGGCGAAGUCCAAGUAUGAAAUCUAAUCUAAUCUAUCUUCAUGGAACCACCAUGGCCUGUCAAUUCAUUUACCCCGAGCAUAAUGCACCUCAAGGUGUGUCAUGAAGAGGAUUAUGUCUUAUGCAAGGCUAUAAAUCAUAUGUUAUACUGUCAGUUGACUAAGAACUGUAUUUUUGUUCUUUUUGUAUGACUGAUUAUGCAGUUUCUUGGCUCAAAACUUUAGAAGUCCAAUCAGGUCUAAUUAGUAUGUAUACUUAUGUAAGAGAGCAAAGGAACCUGAGCCAGAAGUCUAAUCUGGGAAGACAGUUGGCUUGCCUGUCCUGAAGCGUCAAUAAUCCCUCAAGCAAUCAAGCCUAAACAAAAAGAUUACUUGUACUUUAUUAUACUGAUGUGCAGCCCGCUAUUAAGAUCGGUCAAAAAAUGAAAAUCUGUCAACCCUCAUGUCAUUCAAAACCCCUUUUCUUUCAUCUACAAAUCACAAAAGAAAACAAUUGGAAUAAUGUACUGAAAAUCUUCCUUUGCACUGUAUUCCUCCAAUCUCAUUUGGGGUAUCUAAAUAUGCACAUAUUCUAAUUUGAUGCACUGUGAUGUAUGUUAUAUUGCACACAAGUCGUAUGGACUACUUUUAUGAUGUUUUUUUGUUAUUUUUGGAGAUGAGAGCCAUGAUCCCAGCUAACAAUGAAUGUUCUGCCAAGGUUCUCUCAAAAUUAUGAACAGACCUUCUUCCAUUAAUGUUAUAAGAAUGUUUGUUCAGAGUUAUCUUGUGUUUAAGAAUGUUCUUAAAACAUUAGCACAAAAAUAUUAUUUAUUUAUACACCAUUCAUGGAAGGUUUUUCUGAAACGUUUUAGUUGGAUGUUCGUCUAACAUUUUUUAAAUGUUACUACUUGUUUUAGAAUGUUCAAAACAUUUAAAAGUAACAUUUCCAAAAUGUUUGCAAAGCUAUAAAGUGGAGUGUUUCUUUAACGUUCGCAUAACCAAGAAUUUUUUUAUUUUUUUUAAAUGGACGUUUUGAAUGAUCAGAGAACAUUCAGAAAUAAUGUUUUCAUAACUUAAAAUGAACGUUAGCAAAACAUUCAUAGAACAUAUUUGUGAUCACCAUUCACUGUCAUUGUAUGGAAAAGAGUAAUGUGAAAAUUUAGCGAAAUUCUCUUUUUUGUGUUUUAAGAAAGUCAAAAAAGUAAUACGGUAUGAAGGUGAGGGUGAAUGGAGAAAAAGUGUAGUUUACGGCACUUCUCAUUCAUUUAUGGUAUCCGCAAACUGUGAACUGUCGCACAACUGACGUCAAGGUUGUAAUGUGAUUGGCUAUCAAGGCACAUGUGAUCCAAGUUGGCCGUUAUGCUUUCUCCAAUGGUAGAGCCACUGACCCUCGUAUCUCCCAAUAAUAAGACCAUCUCUAUUUAUACCGGUAUGUGUAUUUCACAGUGUUGCUAAAAGAUAAACAUUACUUUAUAAUUGGUGAUAUAUUUUGCUAAUAAAACUAUUGUGCCAGAAGAAUAGCAUGAAUAGUGUCCAGUCUCUCUGUAUCAUCUCAGUGAGCUUUUAUUAUGUUUAAACUGAUUUUAGCAUUUUCCGAUGUUCCGAUGUGUGGAUGAGAAACUUCAGGAAAGGCUUGAAAACACUAAUUUGCCCCUGCUGGCAAAUACCAUAACUACACCAUCAGAUGGCACAUUCACAGACCCCACACAGUUCAAUGACAUUCUGAUGCAUACUUCUCACAAAAUUGGAAAGUAUUUUCUCAGUCUGGCAAAUUCUAAUCUGAUUGGCUGACUUUACGCAUCUUCUGGGAGUAAGGGCACACAAUGUUUAUCAGUCUGCCUGGAAACAGUCGUGUUUAUGAUGUUGAUACAACAAGAACCUUUGAGGAUGAAUAAUCAUUGGACUUGCCAUCACAUCUUUAAAGAUAGAUUUGAGGCAAACAAGUAAACUAGAUUAGCUCACCACUAAAUAAACAACCAAAAAGAACUGUGUUUGGUUGCCACAGUUGGUUUUGGGGUUACUUUGUGCUUCUGUCAUAAAUUACGCAGGAAGGUACGCAGAAAAGCUGAUCAUUUAACACACUGGUACAUUUCAAAAAGAAAUAUUGUGGAGCAGCAGAUGCCAGGGUGGACAAUCAGACCGCCAAGUAUUUUGGCCAAAGGAUUUUUAAUUUGUGCUGGUAUGUCCACACUUCAGAAUUAUAGCUAUUGCUCAUCGACAGGGCAAAGGAUUGGUUAAUGGGAAAAAUCUGCCAAGUAGAGGAUCUCAGUGGUUGUUAUAAAAAAAAUCAAUCAAUCUCAUCUUAAUUUUUCCAUCAUGGAUUGUCACAAAUCAAUUUCAUUAUUCUCUACACAGCACAAAACAAAAACUAAAAUGUUACUGAACACACUCAAUUAUUAAAAAAAAAAGAAAAUAUAUACAAAUAUUUACAAAUCAAAUUAAAACAAUGUCAUGCCUUGAAGCAUUUAUCAAUAAGUAGAGUUUGCUUCAAGUUUCAUGUUAUUGUUCAAGUAAACAAACUGUCAGAAACAAAGAAAUAAAUGAUUAGUGUUUUUCUUUGUUUCUUGUCAAUAUUGUAUUCUUGUCAAUUGGUUAUUUAUAUUAGGGAUAAUGGUUUAAAUUAUUUAAAUCAUUUCAUUGCUCGUGUUCUCAUAUGAGGAAAAUUAUCGCUGAACGAAUCCGAAUGAAUGAUUCGAGUCAUGAUGAAUCAAAUGACCCGCCAGUUCACCUGGACGCAGUAAUGAACACGUUCUGCUUAACUCCACCGACGGAGUAUGUGUGCAGGUUAUACUGAGUUCAUCAGGCAUUUCCUGGACUUCCUGGUUUCUUGGCCCAGUACAGCUGUGGAGUCCACCUGCUCUGCGUGGAGAUUAAACUCCCUUUCCCAUGACUUCUGGAGUCAAUUAAGCAGUCCGAAAACAUAGCGUUGAGGUGAAUUUAGAUGCAACUGUCUGCCGAAUGGAGGAAAAGCGGCCAGCUCUGCAGUGACAGGUUUGUGGAUUUUUCUGGUGUGGGAUCCCCAAAUUAAAGAUACAUCAGUAGGAGACGCUCAUGGUCCUUUUCAUUCGGAUCUGGCCUGCAGAUCGAAACGGAUUGGACAUCUGGAGAGCCGGCAGGAUUCCCAGAACGUAGAAUUGGAGUGCCGGGACUGGGGGCUGCACUGCUCGAUUGCACUCUCUCUCUCUCUCUUUCUCUCUUUCUCUCUCUCUCUCCCUCUCUCUCUCUCUCUCUUCUGGGUCUAAACGUGCAGCACAGGAACUGCAGCGGCAGAUAUGAACCUCUCACUUUCCUAGACUUCACAAGCAUGUAGAUCACAAAAAUGACAUGAACAUUCCAUCAAUCAUCAGGGAAAUGAAGAGAUAAGAGAAGAAAAUAAUCCUGAGCUUCGAGCUUUUGUUACUGCAAGCCUAUUGAUUCAGACUGGAACACAAUGUGUCCAUGUCACAGCCUGUGCAGAUAAGGACCAGCGUGCUGAACUAGCCACACCGGCAUCAUGACUGAAGAGACUAAACAGUCCUUGGCUGCCAAAGAGCUGGAUAAUGAGUCCAAAAAACAGGAUAAGGGGGCUGUGGAGCACAAAAGCUUAACAGAGUCCCCUGAGCACUUUCAAAAUGUGAGUCUGGAGCCACAGGCUGUGAACAAUAUUGCUAAGUUUGCAGAAAAAGAGAGAGACAACACGCAGCAACGUGAGGCUGUGAUUCGGCCACAGCAGGCUGGAAAGAUUGAUUUUAAGUCACUGCAGAAUCAUUCGUUCAAUAGCAACAGGACAUGGCCUAGCAGCAAGGACAGCCCUCAGUCACCUAGUGGAAAGAGUCGCAAUAGAGACAAGAGUAGAAAGUCAGGGAAAGAGCGUGGCAACCCGCAGCAGUUGUACAGACUGAGUAUUACAAACCCACGCUCAAAUCCCACAAUUGGGAUAGCCUAUCCCCAACAGAAAGUCUCACCUCCAAAGAAGCUUGAGUCCAACAGAGGUCCUGUCUCAGGCAGCUACCGCUUCCAUGUGCCAAGUAUUCCAGAGCGAGAAGCCGAACUACAGCAGGAAGAACUACAGUUCAGGUGCUUCCAUGAGGGCUCGCCUAACCUUACUUCCCAAAGUUAUACCUCACAGGCUGUUGGCGCCACCUCUGGAGGACCUGCUCACCAGAAUCCACCAUCUACUCCGCAAAAGAAGCCCAGCCCAAUCGAGAGCAACAGUACACAACCUGCCAAUGAAACCUUAUUUCCUGACUUUCAGCUGAGUGAAACAGACACGUGGCAGUCUCCAGAUAGGACUUUCAGAAACACUAGUUUUGGCCUUACUUCACAAAAGCCAAACAACCUUGUGGACUUAAACAAGACUAAUGGCAGUUUUAUGCCUAUGCCAUUUCAGUAUGGAUACCCAUUGUUAGAGGAGUCAGCCUCUGAUUCCUUUCCCAGUGAUCGGAAUACACAGUCUCAAGACUACAUUGAUAUUUCUCUUACCCCUAACCAGGUUUCCCAUAAUUCAUUCUCCUUUCCAUCCUCUUCAGAGGGCCAUGAGGCCAUGCAAACUAGUGCACAGUUUGGUAAUGACCAGGUAGAGGACAGGCAGUCAUACCAGUUACACCCUAAACCACCCCAGUACAUGCAGACGCCACAUGGUAUGUCAUCUUCUGUUCCCAGCAAUGACGAGAGCACAGCAUCAAGCACUCACCAAACAGAGCAGAGUAAGAGUGUUCCAGAUAAAUCUGAGUCUUUUAGCCCAAUAGACAGCAGAGACACAGGCUUCGCAGUAGUGGGCAAGAGAGGCUGCCAUCUUAAAAAUGGCACCACCAGCCAGAGAGUUCUUAUUCAAGGCAGUGUUCAUCAUAUUAGAAAUAUUGCACAAGGUUCAAGUUCACAAAUACAUGUAAUUAGCCCCCCACAUAAUGGUAUUCACAUCAGCCCAGGGCCUCUUGACAAAAGUGCCAGUAAACACCACGGCAGGGUAUCACACCCAUGGGAAGGACCAAACAAAAACUUUCCACCACCACUCAUAGACCAGACCUCCACACCUUACCCCUUUCAGUACCAACCUGCACCAGAACAAAGACAAAACACUGGCAUUAAUGGCUGUAUGCCUUGGCAGCAAAUACGCUUCACAACUGCCAUGCCAAACCAAAACAGGAUUGAUCUCUCUAGGCAAUUGAGCAAUCAGCAGCUUACUUUUUUGAUUGGCCCAUCAGACUGGCAAGAUGAGAGUAAGCCACACAAAAACAGCAACCAUAAAGAUUCUAACAACUUUCUCAACAAAAAGAGAAAUGAGAGCUUCUCAAACCAAAAGCAGGACAGUGUCAAGCAAGGCUGCAACACAAUUCCACCCUGUCAUUUUACAAACAAGGUUGAUACAAAUCAACUCCAGGUGGGUGAUGCCAAGAAUAAGUCAUUAUACUUUGGUAUUAACCACCCAGUGCCAGUGACAUCAAGAAACUGUAGCUACCCUCCAUUACAUGUAGCACCCUUAGGGCUGAAGAUGGUGUCACCAUAUGACUCUCCUUCACAUUCACCUACUCAAAAUCCAGCAUCUAGCAGUACGUGUUCAUCACUCUCCCCAGCCUCCACAAACUCUGUCAACAGUAACUCUGAUGACAGCCAAAUUUCAAAGGUUCUGUCCCCUCAGUUUUAUCAGCAGCAACAGGAUAAAAUAUUAAUAUCAUCCAAUAGCAUGAACACUAAUCAGCAUCUCUAUCAUUCAGAAGCAUCCAGAGGCUUGCACUAUAAACAAGAAAGAGCCAAAGAGAACACAGCAAGUUUCGUGCCACAUAACAGGCAUUCAAAGUCCAACAUGGACAACGGGAAAGGUUGUUUGGAGACCUACAGAACAGAAAACCAUCCCCCACCUCCAUACUCUGCCCACCAACUCGCCACAUCAUUAGUCUCCGCAAACCUUGACCAACUGGAUGUGCUUCUGACAUGCAAGCAAUGUGAUCAGAAUUUUAAUAACCUUGUCUCUUUUCUUGACCAUAAGCAAUACUGUGGACAGCAUACUUUUGCACAAAAUGACUUAAAAGAUGUGCCAAAAGUGGAAGACAUAAGGAAGUUUCAGACGGACCACACAAAAGCCAUGUCAUCUGGAUCCAGUUACGCAAUUUUGCGGAGUUCUUCAGAUUUGCAUCUGUCUUUGCUUGGACUGAACAAGAAUGGGGAAAUAGUGCCAGAUAAUGAAACCAAAGGAGAUAUAAAAGAUGAUUCAAUGAAACUGAUGCUACCAUCUGCACCCCUGCCAGAUUUAGAAAUGGAAGAUCCCAAAUUGGAUAGCCUUAUCACAGAGGCUCUGAAUGGACUAGGCUAUCAGUCAGACAACGCAGAAAUUGAUAGCAGUUUUAUUGAUGCAUUUGUUGAUGAUGACCUCACCACUACUAAAUGUACAACAAGACAGACUUUGACUACCAAAGACUCCACAAUAUUUGAAGGUAGAACUAACAAUGAAUCAACAUCCAGUGAGAGAUCUCAGGCUCACUGCAAAUAUCCUUUUGACUCAGACUUAGACAGCCUUAGUUCAGACAGCAAACACACAGAUAGCCCUUACAAAGAAAGCCAACACAAGUUGAUACAAAAGGAAGGCCUCAAAGCAGAAUCCUCUCCAACAGAGUCCCAGGCACAGGAGUCAAAUUGCACACAAAUUGAGUGGGAAGCUAAAAAGUCAGAACAAACAGAACACGAAAAUGAUUACAGUUCUAAGUUUCUUUUAUCAAGCAAGUUUUCUGCAAGAUGUGGGCUUAAAAGCUUACAAAGCAGCACAGCAUUAGUUAAAACAACAUGUCCCAGAUCCACCUGUGCCAACAAAAGUCCAACAGCUCAGAAACCAAUAUCAACAGAAGGAAAAAGGAAAAGGACAGGUGGUGGAAGCUGGAGUAAAGAGCUUAUUCACAAAAUUGUUCAACAAAAGAACAAGUUGCAUAAACUCCAUGUAAAGGGCACCAAAAACAUGCAGUUUUCACUUGUCAUGGAGAGAGUGACUCCCGCAGUGCAGAACCCUACUUUCGGGGAAUAUGACUAUGUUUCUGACUCGGAUGACGACUGUGAGCCUGUGAAGAUAGCCAGUCAGGGACGUCUCAGCCAGAGCAUUCGCUGCAAGUACACAUACACUAAAGAGUGUAAGGGGAGGAUUCGUGCUGACAAGAGCCGGGAAAGUUCAUGGAAACAAAACAAAAAUGAAUGCUUUGAUCCCAAGAAAGAUUUGGAUGUCUCUUCAUCCUUGAUGAAAGACAACCCUGGUCACCAAAGGCUACGAAGACGGAGCAGUAGGUCUUCCACAAGCAGUGAACUCAGCACAUCAAUAAGUAUUUGUAGCGAUAGCAUUAGCAGCCCCAAAAGUAUUGAUCAUACAGAUUCAGACUCUGAGAAACGAACAGAAGUGCAGAGGAAAGAUCAAGACUCUCUUGAGCAGAAUGUGUAUGAGGAAUCCCCCCCAAGGAUACGGAAAGAGUCUAGCACAUCACUUGCUUUGACGUUCACAAAAAAUACAAAAAGGUACAGCACUGAUAAGAUACUACUCACUGAGCACAAGGAUCGAUUCACUACUUCAAAAUGUUCAAGCAUUAUCUGUAAGACUGAAGAGACUGCAUCGGAGCGUACAAUGACUAAAAGUACUGUCAGCCUUGCAAGAUUCAAAACCACCAGAGUGGAAAUAGAGGAAAAAGGGGACCACUAUGGCUUCGAGGCAGGAAUUCUUGCAACAACAGAAGAGCCAUUCAAAAAAGAUUACACAAAAAAUAUCACAUCACCAAGAGGGUCAGGUAUAACACUGAAUCCAGUGGAAACCACAAACAAUAGAGAUUCUAACCAUGUUUUUACACUCAAAAAAGAUGCUGUUGCGUCAAAGGGUAAAUCCCACAAGAGAACAAACAGUUCUGAAUUUUCAGCACCCAUUUUUGAGAAAGUCAGCAAUAACAAAACAUCAAGUGAAGAAGCCAACAGAAGCUCAAAUUAUCUCUUCCCUGAACCCCCACCUUUUUGCACUUCACUUGUGGACAAAGUCUGCUUAUCACCUUCAAAAGUCCAUGAUGCUGCAGCACAAAAGGAUGUGCAAUGUCUCAUUCCCUAUCCUUCGGAGCAUGAUCAAAGUCUUAUAAAGUCCCCCCUUUCUUUUGACACAACGUCAAUGUUUGGCGACCUCUCUGUGGGAGGUUUUGAGAACAAUCUUUAUCCAGAUAUUCACCUUGCCAAAGAGAGCUUUAGUCCUCUGGAAACCACAACAGAUAAGAAGGAACUUUUUGAGUCGUCAUUCUCACCAUUCUUAGAGCAGAGAGACUGGAAUCUGAUGGUUGAUGUUAGUCCUGUGCUACCAGAUGAGAUUUCUCAGUACAAAGAGGACCCUGACUCAAAUGAGAAUAAGACCAAUUUUAACCAUGUCCCAUUUGCUUUGUCAGAGAAAUUAAUCGACUACACUCCAAAUCUCAACAACGUGUCAGUUGAUGAUCUGGAAAUAAAAAGAAUUGUUACAGAGCUUGAGAGUCAGCUGCAAACAGCCAAGCUCAGCAGCCCUCCACCAUUAGACAGUGAGCUGCCAAAACAGCUUACCAUGAGCAAAUUCUCUCCACUGAGACUUGACCCUGAAAGUGAAGAUGAGGACAGUAGCUUGCAGAUAAACUGUUCCUCAGAGAACUUGGAAAUUGCCAGACCAAUAGACUCACAUUCAGCACUGUUCUCAGAACCUGACUUACCAUGGUCUAGUCCACUCCCAUUUGGACUGAUGUGUGGACAGCAAGGUCUUCAUACACCAACACAUUCCUCUACCAUCAACACACCAACUGAUUCAGGACAUGAACAUUUGGAUAUAAAGUGCGGCAUGGGGCUCACUGAUUUGAACACAAACAGUUCACCUCUGCGCCUAGAAGACAAAACAGAAAAUAAUGAGUGCUUGGACAAGUCAGAAGAGAUGCUUGAACAUGAAAUUUACACAGAAAAUCUGAUGAAGAGCUUGGAAGUAAUCUCAGAUUCUUUGUCUUCAGGUUUUACAUCACCUCAGUCAUCUCCUAAUCAAGAGUGUGUGGUUCCUGAGGAACAUGAAAAACAAGACAAUGAACACUUAGAACACAUCGAGUCUGAACAUGUGGAAUUUAGAAAAACAGAAACAGAGCUCACAAAGUUCCCAGUGGAGACGAACACAUUUUCAGAUAAACUAGAAGAGAAAACAUGUGACAUGUCAGAAAAUGAAACAAAAACCAGCCUAAAUGAGACUAGUAAUGAAACUCUUCAUAAUAAAGAAUUAGUAGCUAAUGAACAAAAGCUUGCUGAGAGCUCCUUUAAGAGUCCACAAACUGCAUGCUGUGUGAACUCAAAUGAUAUUGACUUAGAGAACUCUUCAGCCUAUAGGUAUGAACACAAGCAUGAGUCUUCUGUCAGCCAAACUGAGAAUGCUGAGUGUGAUACACAGUUUGACGUAAAAGACUCAAUGUAUACUAUGCAAAGUCCAGACUUCUCCAAAAUAUCACACUUUUCAACAUCCCCAGCCAUACCAAAAGACAAAAACACCCUGUUUAUUGAAAAAACACAGAAAUGUGAUGGAGAUUCAGCUCUAAUUGCAAAGCCAGAAAUCAUUUCUGAAGGCAACAGGCUGGCAUCUGACAAAACAGGUGGAACAACAGACUGUCCGUCUGAUACAAACAUCCAACCACCUCUUUCAAACAUCAAGUCUCCUCUUUGUCAAGACAACUUGUCAACCCAUUCACAAUUAAAUAAUACACUAACACACACUAAUACACAUGUUUCUCCUAAACAUCUUCCUGUAGUUCAAGAUGAACAUGACUGUACAGACAGUGUGGAGACAGCCAUGCCUGAUAUGACAUUUUCUGUGCAAUCAAAAUGUGAAGAGAAUCAACAAAAGAACAUUGAGCAAAGUCCUCAACUUUAUACUGUGACUCAGGCACCACAGUUUUCUCACAACUCUAUCCAAAGCCCUUGUGAACUGAGAGAUAAUGGUACACUACCAGGCACAGUUACCCCUGCACUGAGCAAAAACAGACAAGUCCUGGAAGACAAAAACUCAGAUCACAUAAAUAUUGGCAGGUCAGUAGAUACGUCUGAUUCAGCAACACCAGAAUUAGAUAAUUCAUUUGUUCCCCACCAAGAUUUAGUAAAAAUCACAGAGAGUAACAUUUCUAGCUCUGGAACACUGCUGGCUAUGGAGGACAGCAUCUCAAAUCAAACUUUUGGUGAGACUUCUCAGCAUUCUGGGGCAUUGGAUGGCACUCAGGAUACAGGUGCACUAUAUGAUUCGAAACUCAGCCCCCUGAAUUACAGUGAAACAUGCUUCAAUGACUACAACUUCACCUCUAAAUGUUUUAACAAAGUAAAUGACCAGUCUGAUGUCAAAUCAAACUCCACAGACAAUUACAUUCUCAAUGCCUGUGCUUUCUCUCUUGAUAAACCAUUGUCAUCCAGCCUACCGUAUAAUGCAAAUGAACCAGAGCCAAAUAUCCAGGGCCACAUGACUGGACUUGAUAUACCCGAAAACUCUAUAAAUGACAACAUCCAAAAUGACAUUAAAUUUUCAAAUGUCUCAGCUUCCUGCAGUAAUUACAUUGAGGAUGUCAUUACAAUUGACUCUGAACAAGUCUCAAAACUUAACCAGAGUGACAUGAAUGGUAGUCAUAUUCCACAUGAAACUGUUGAUUACAUGGAUCAGCAACUCACACUUCUGAAGAAAGUAGAUUCUGAGAAGAUGGACAAUCAGAUGAUCACGUGUGAGCAAGAUGCAAUGCAGAGCUCCACCAUGUUAGAUGUUAAGGAGACAUCUAAACAUCUGAUACCUUGUGAAAAAGCAGUAUCCAUGGGUCUUGCAUGCACAUCUGUCCAAAAUGAAGGACAGAGUUUAAAGUCAAGCGAAACAAAAUCCUCACCUAAAAAGAGUGGUACACAGAAUGCAAUUCAAGGAAAAUUUCAGUGUGAAAUAUGUGCGAUGUUCUUUCGUACACAACCUGGACUUAAAAGACAUAAAGCCAUGAAGCAUGUGGUAAAGACUGAAGGGAUUUCACACACUGAAAAUGUAAAUAUGAGUGGUCAAGUGUUCAUGCCCAUUUAUAAUACGACAGACCCAACAGAAAAAGCACUGAAAGAUAGCAUGGAUGUUAUGGGUCUAUCAGUUCUUUCACAUUCAAACAGAAGUGAAAUCUCAGAUGGACAAGGACAGCAAGCAGAUGCACAUUUGAUCUUUAAAGGGAUUGCAAGUGAUUCUGAUAUGUCAAAAAUCCCAGAAAGUUGUGAUACUAAUCAGAAAACUCUUGUUAAUGAAAAACCAAAUAACAGUAUUAACACCAUAAACAUCAGCAGUGUAAUAUUUGCACCAGAAUUGGUAAAGCAAGACACUAUUUCAGAUGAAAUACUCAGUACUCUUAAAACAGAUAUUUUGCAGGCUCUCUCUCCAGAUUCCCCCUCAAUGGUGCAACAAAACUCUCCUAAGUCACCUGAAAAACACAUCCCAAGUAGCAGUCACAGCUAUCAUGAAGUCACUGUGAGAGAGGAACAGAAGAGCAUGGCAACUAUCAGCACUGAAGAGCAAAAGGAAGAAACAACUUCCACAGAGCCUUACAUUUUGCAUAAGAAAAGUGAUACAUAUGACAUUGAUGAUGUUGUAAAUUAUUGUGAUAUUAACCCAAAAUAUGUUCAGACAGAAGACAUCCACUAUCCACUUGGGGAUUCGACUGUGGAUAUCAAGCGUGAGAGCACCUGUUCUCCCACAGAAGACAGUCACAUGCUUACUGGUACUUUAGGAAUAGGACCUGAUCUCAAGGCUUUCUUUGAUGAUGAAAGUACCUUUUCUGAGUUAUUCCCAAGAAAUGAUGACAGGAAAAGAAAGAAAUGUGCAAGGGUCUAUGGUAAAAGCAACAAAAAGCAAAAACAACUGUCCUGUUUAGUUUUAGAGUAUCCUCCCACUGGUGCCUUUAUUGAUAAGUAUGAGAAGUCUAAAGAAAACCAGUUGGGACACAUGUUCACCAAUGGCACAAAUGACCCUUGUGAAUACGAAACCAUAUCAAUCGACAAUGAUAAAAUGCAUGCGACGACUCCCAAAAGCUUAGUCAAGAGUUCUAUAGAGAACCCUUGUCAUUCAAAAGAUGACUUAAUGGAUCACCAGUCUGGUUAUGAGGAAAGUGUAGAAACUGGCAUUAAAGAAUUCUUAUGUGAGAAUAAAGGCACAAUCAGACAAUCCUUAGAGCACCAGGAUGAUUCCCAUGAUUGCACUUUUGCAGAAAACAUAGUGUCAUCAGUUCCUCAGGAAGAUUGUAAACCAGAGGUUCCUGCUACAGCUUGCCCUCUCCGACUGGUCUGUGUUCAAGAAAAUGCCUCUUGUUCACCAAGCACUGAGAUGCCUUUGGUUGCGACCAUUGCAAGCGCAGAACUGAAAGACCCUGUAAGACCUUGCAAAAAGCCUAGGGAGCGGAAGUGUAGGAAACGAAUAGAACCUGGACUCAAACCAAAGGAUAAGCAGUACAAAUGCAAAGUGUGUUUCACAUGGUUUCUCACCUUAGGUGAGCUCGACUUCCAUAAGCUCUCUCACAAUCCAUCACCUCCCCCAACUUGCUAUAUGUGUGUCCAGCGCAAGUUUAGCUCCCGGGAACAGCUAAGGGACCAUCUCAGGGAGAAACAUGCCAAAAACAAAGCAGGAGUUUGGACUUGUGGCAUGUGUUUAAAAGAAAUUUCAGAUGUCUGGAUGUACAAUGAACACUUGCGUGAGCAUGCCACACAGUUUGCACGAAGAGGGCAGUCUCAGAGUUCCCUCUUGGACAUGCCUGGGUGUUUCAUGCAGGAAAAUGCUGUGAAGAACUUCAUAUCUUCAAUAAUGCAACAUCGACCCAGCAGACCUGUAAGAGACUAUGUUAAACCAUCAUCUAAGGAAGAGAGAAGAACAUCUUUUGAUGUUAAUGGACAAGAGCCAAAGGUUCCAGAGGAGUUUGAUUCCACAAGCCCAAAGACUAAAACAAGUAUUGGGGGAGGAAGUAAACAUUGCGCACUUGAGGUUCUACCUAAAGCAGAGACUUCUUCCAAAAAUGUUGACAUGCAUCCGAACUGCAAAGACCCUUCAAGGGACUGUCACCACUGUGGCAAGCAGUUUCCAAAGCCUUUCAAGCUCCAGCGUCAUUUAGUGGUCCACAGCUUGCAAAAGAUUUUCCUUUGUCACAAAUGUCCAGUGUCCUACCAAGAGGCAAAGGACUUUAAAGACCACCUUAAAAAUGAACAUGAGGAGACGGAUGAGCCAGACUCAAAGCACACCACACUAUAUACUUGUGAACUCUGUGCUGAUGUCAUGCAUGUAAUAAAGAAGUCCUUCAUCUGCAGUACCUGCAAUUACACAUUUUCAAAAAAGGAACAGUUUGAUCGUCACAUGGAGAAACACCUUGCUGGAGGGAACAAGAUCUUCAAGUUCAGGGGAGUCGUGAGACCUUGCAAGCCUUUUAAUUCAAAAGAUGAAAAAUCUGACACACCACCAAGCAAGAAAAGGAAAGCAACUGAGAGCAGCUUAGACAUCACAGCGUCACACAUGCAAGGCAUCAAAUCAGUGUUGCCCAACAUAGAUGACACUGUACAGAACAGUACUGAAGAACAUUCUACAGAAACAAACAAUACCAGUGUGAAAAUUGAAGAUGAAGCUGAGGACUUCCCUGAAGUUGCCAGGGAUAUUAUCGAGUGUACAGUGCAAACAGAUUCUGUGGAACAGAGUCUUCCAUCAACAGAGCUGAAGGAAGAAAAUGAAAGCUCUUCUCCAUCUUAUGGAAUCCAGGCAGAUGAGCUCAUGGAAGUCACUGACAAGGGAGCUCUGACAGAGAUUUGUGAAGUUAAAAUAGAAGAUGACUGUUGCACAAUUCCAACAACAUUGUUAGUUUCUGAGAUUGACAUUUCAAGCAUUACCAAACAUAACGAAGACAGGGUGGAAACAAACUCUUCAGUAAGCCUUGAAAAUGCAAGUGAACAAGAGGAAAUAAGGUACUCGAGUCAAUGCACCAUUCAAUUGUGCGGUCAAACAGACAUUAGUUUACCAAAACAAGGCAUGCAAGGAAUGCAAGGGCUCUCAUCUUGCAAUGACUCUGAACUCUCAUCUGUGAAGCAGUCUUCAAACGAGACAAGCUAUUUGAAGCAGGAUCAAACAACUGAGGCUUUAUUCUCCAUCAAGACAAAUGAGAAUAAACAAGAUGUUCACACUCAUAACAGUGAACAGCUGACUACUGCUCUGGCCAAGCAAGUAACUAUGGUCACAUCUGAGGAAACUAUAAAACAAAGUCUUGAAAAUAACCUAAGGUGUCUUAGUACCACUGAUUUAGCACGUCACACCAACAGCUCUAAUACAUGUGAAGACAAGGACUCAACCAAGCAACAGAAGAGGAAGAAAGAUCUUAAGACACCUCACAGCUCUCAGAGAACACAAUCUCCAACUGCAAGGGAAAAUUUGGGGAUUGACCCAAGGGCCAAAAAGAAGUUCAGACCCAGCAGGUGUGAAAAUAUUGAUGGACCAAGAAAAAACGAACUUCCCAAUGACUAUCCAGUGCUUACAUCCGUAAAGGAUGACACAGUCAGCAACAAAAUAAUCUCCAAGCAUAAAAUAGGGUCGUCUAAUCUGGGCCUUCCCCUAAAGAAAGGUUCUGUAGAUAGUUUCUCACCAAAAAAGGUUGAGAUUGUACGUCACUUCACCGGAGAUUGCAAAGGGAAAAAGAGCAUUCCUAGGGGACCCAUCCAUUCCCCUUCUUCCAGGAUCUCCACACUGAACAAUUCAUUUAACAAAUCGCGGUCCAAACCAGGGGUCAGAUCUAUAGAGACUCACUCAUACCGUACUGCAGAGUCACAAAACAACCUCCUCAGCCAGCUGUUUGGCCAAAGACUAACUAGCUUUAAAAUUCCUUUAAGAAAGGACACUUCUGAAUCAAUUAAGGAUUAAAUGAAUGCUAUUAACGAGGAGGUAAUUAAGUGAUCCACUAGGCAUGUGAUUAAGGCAGUUUAUUCAUGAGACUAGGAUUGUAUGGCCCUCCUCUGUGAAAUCAUUUAACUCCUUGUUUAGUCACUUUAUUGCAUUCCUCUUGUAAAUGUGUAUUUACAUAUAUGUGAAGACCAACAGCAAAAUGUAUGAAUAUAGGAUGAAUAUGUUGGUUACAAAUUUAUUUUCUCUAUUUUAUAGUGGAGCAUUAUCUCUAAGAGACUGUAUUUCAUCAACAACAAAGAAAGGUUUUUGGAAAAGAAUUUACUUGAAAAUGAACUGAGAAUAUUUGUUUUCCAAAUAAUGCAUGACACUUUAACAUUACAUGUUCUUAGAUGUUUUCCUAGCAACAGGACCAAAAGACAUCCUAAGUCUGGAUCAUGUCAAUGUGCUUUAUUUUAUAUGCUUCAGAGAAUUACUCCUUCAUACUCUUGUACUUUACUGUAUUGCAGAGACACUCAUUAGUAUUAGCUUUUGUAUCAUCACUAAUUGGUGCUAUGUUAUUUUAUAAUUAUUAUUAUUAUUUGUGUAAUGUGAACACAAUGUCUUAUUACUGAAGGGAACAUGUAGCAAUUACACUCAUCAAAUCAUUGCUGGUACUCAGUUUUAGAGGAAAUUACACAAAAAUACUGUGUAAGAUCAAUCAAAAAGAAAGGGUUCAUUUGUGUCCUAAUUUGUUCAGAGGAGGGCAAGGGAAAAGCCUUUUCCAAAACUGUAUUUAGUUUGAUUUCAUCUAUAAUAUGAACUCAGGUGCUAUUAUUGCGCAUGAAACCCUUAAGAAUUCUUCCCAUGCACUGAUGUUACCAUACACAAACCCCACACAUGAUCACCUAUAUGUCCCCCAGUUCUUUAAUUAUUACUAUUUACUAGAACAAAAGGUGCUUUAUCAUGUUUAUAUGUAUCUUAUAUUGUAUAAUAUUGUAGGUUGAUUAUUUCCAGUGCAAUGCAUAAUGUCAAAGUUCUAUUUUAAUAAUGUGCAAAAGAUGAAGAGAAAAAAGGAAAGCAAAAUACAAAGCCUACUGAAGGCUUAUGAGUGGAUCACAAAGUGCAUCAUAUAAACUUGGUAAUUAAAAAUUUUUUUUUUUGCAUCAA